AAAUGAAUUAACAGUAUUUACUAUUUAGAUAUCUGUAAUCUGCUGAAUUGUCAAUUUCAUUCUUUGAAGAUCCGAGUUAGAAUUCAAUAAUUAAAAAGACCAUUAUCGAUUUAAAUCUAACACAUAUCUUAGUAACAAUAUGGCUUAUAAGUUAAGUUCGGUUGUUUAUGGCCACGUGCUUGAUGUUCGUGGUCUAAGCUCGACUAGCGAUGGUUGUAUUGUUUCUGCAUCAAGAGAUAAAAGUGCCAAACUUUGGAAACCGAACAGUGGAAAUGCUGGUUACACGGAGGCUCAAACUUUUUUAGGACAUACUAAUUACGUAGUCUGUGUCACCGUUCUUAAAGAAUCCAAUAGUUUUCCAAAAGGUCUCAUUGUCACUGGAGGCAAUGAUAAACUUAUGUGUGGAUUUGUAGUCGAUUCUCCUGAACCAGUUUUCAUUGAAUCUAGACACACUAAUACCGUGUGUAAACUCAACCCGGGUGUACUUUUGAAUACAUUUCUAAGUUCUUCGUGGGACGCAACAGCCCGAUUAUGGAAAGUAACCAUUAAUGAUUCGGAUCAUACUAUCCAACCAGUACUUUUGUCAAUAUUUAAAGGCCAUACUGCAGCAGUUUGGUCAGCUAUACAGUUACCUUCAAAGCUAGUUGUAACCUGCUCAGCUGAUAAAACUAUUCUAAUACAUAAUAUUUUACCCGGUGAUCCUGAAAAUUCCUCAGCAAUUAUUAAGAAAUUAACUGGUCAUACUGACUGUGUUAGAGAUUUAGUAGCAUUGAUGAACAAUGAGUUUUUAUCAUGUUCAAAUGAUGCAACUGUAAAACGGUGGAAUGCAAAUUCAGGAGAAUGUUUAGAAACAUUUUAUGGACAUCCAAGUUAUAUUUAUAGUCUUGCUGUAUUUUUGGGCACUGAUAUGACCAAUACGAUAGUGGCAACUGGUGGAGAAGAUAGAUAUUUAAAUGUUUGGCAGUCUGUAGAUCAGCAAGUGAUAUUACAACCAGCUCAGAGUAUUUGGGCUGUUACUAUUCUUCCAAACUCAGAUAUUGUUGUUGGUUCCAGUGAUGGUAUUAUAAGAAUAUUUACUACAGAUAUAAAUCGUCAAGCAUCUAGUGAGGUACAAGCAUCAUUUCAAGAACAAGUUGACAACGUAAAUGAACAAGCACAAAAAGAAAUUGGAGGAAUUAAAGUGGACAGUUUACCCGGACCAGAAGCUUUAUAUCAGCCUGGCAAAAAUGAUGGUCAAAUCAUUAUGAUAAACGAAAACAACAAAGCAAUAUGUUAUAAAUGGUUGUCAAACGAGUGUAAAUGGGAUAAGGUUGGAGAUGUUUUGAGUGCAUCUGAACCCAAUAAAAAUAUGUAUAACGGAAAGGAAUAUGAUUUUGUUUGGAAUGUUGACAUUGAGGAUGGCGCACCUCCUUUAAAAUUACCAUACAAUAAGGAAGAGGACCCAUGGGUUGUGGCUCAAGCAUUUAUUCACAAACAUGAUUUACCUCAAUCUUAUUUAGAAACUGUAGCAAACUUUAUAAUCUCCAACUCUAAUUCUUCUACUACUGCACAAUUACCUGCCAACCAGGGUUUUGUAGAUCCAUAUACAGGAGCUGCUAGAUAUGUGCCGACUCCAAAUCCUACAACAUCGACCCCAAAUGGUCAAGACCCGUUUACUGGACAGUCACGGCAUAUUCCCAUUAAUCCAAAAAGUUACAACACAUUUUUCCCACAAAGUAGUUACCUCAAAUUUGAUCAAGCCAAUAUUUCAAUUAUUUUUAAUAAAAUUGAAGAGUUUAACAAAAAAACUGGAGAUUCCAACAGUCAACUGGAUAAAAGUCAACUAGAAUCCCUAAUGAAACUUUGUAAUGUAGACUGCAGUUUUGAUGAAACGUCAGUUAAUACUCUAAUCCAUCUUCUCGAUUGGCCUAAAGAUAUUUUAUUUCCAAUACUGGAUAUAACAAGAUUAGCUGUAAGGAACAAACAAAUAAAUGAUGCAUUGUGUUCAAAUGAUUUGAUCAUGAUCAAACUGCAACCUCACAUACGUGAUAAUGAAGUAUCCACAAAUCAAAUGUUAGCAUUCAGGAUUCUGUGCAAUCUAAUGCAACAUGAAAAAGGAGAACUUCUUGUUGUGAGAUAUUAUGAAGAUCUAUUGAGAAUUACACUAAAUCUAUCUCAAGGCAAUCUUUCACCGAAACAUCUUCAGAUUGCUGUUGCCACCCUACUACUGAAUUUCAGCGUCAUGAUCAAACAGUCUGAUGACUCGAUAGCCAUUCAAACUGUAUGUGAUGCGGUUUCUUCAAUAUGUCCAAAACUUACUGAACCAGAAGCAAUAUUCCGUUGUUUUGUUGCAAUUGGAACACUGAUAACUUUAAAACAUCAACCUAACCUAUCUGAGCAAAUUAAAGAUUAUAUUGCUUUAAUGGCAUCAAACUCCGAACCUUCUAAAGUGUUAUCAUGUUCAAAACAUUUGAUGGCUUUAAUGAAAAAAUAACCAAAAAAAUGUUAAUAAUAAGUUAUUGUGUUUACUUACACCAAUAUUUAACACAAUUUAUUAUCUCAUAUUGAUGUCAUUUUUUUUUUAAUAUUAAUUUGUAUUCAUAUUUGAUUUGUUUAUAAUAAAUAAAUUAAUAUUCUAGUUAUGCAUAUCUAUA